AUGCCUGCCUGCCUGCCUGCCUGCCUGCCUGCCUGCCUGCCUGCCUGCCUGCCUGCCUGCCUGCCUGCCUGCCUGCCUGCCUGCCUGCCUGCCUGCCUGCCUGCCUGCCUGCCUGCCUGCCUGCCUGCCUGCCUGCCUGCCUGCCUGCCUGCCUGCCUGCCUGCCUGCCUGCCUGCCUGCCUGCCUGCCUGCCUGCCUGCCUGCCUGCCUGCCUGCCUGCCUGCCUGCCUGCCUGCCUGCCUGCCUGCCUGCCUGCCUGCCUGCCUGCCUGCCUGCCUGCCUGCCUGCCUGCCUGCCUGCCUGCCUGCCUGCCUGCCUGCCUGCCUGCCUGCCUGCCUGCCUGCCUGCCUGCCUGCCUGCCUGCCUGCCUGCCUGCCUGCCUGCCUGCCUGCCUGCCUGCCUGCCUGCCUGCCUGCCUGCCUGCCUGCCUGCCUGCCUGCCUGCCUGCCUGCCUGCCUGCCUGCCUGCCUGCCUGCCUGCCUGCCUGCCUGCCUGCCUGNAUAG